AUGGAAGUUGACGACUACAGAAGAGACCGCUCACGCUCUCCAGACCGCAGAGAUCGCUCGGGCUCACCCCCAAGAAGAGCCUACGGCGGUGAGGAAAGAAGAAGUAACAGAGGUGAUAGAGGUGAUAGAGGUGAUAGAGGUGAUAGAGGUGAUAGAGGUGACAGACGCGAUAGAGGUGAUAGGCGCGAUAGAGGUGGCCGCGGCAGAGGUGGGCGUGACCGCGGCGGACGCGACCGUGGCGGGCGUGACCGUGGACGUGGUGGGUUCAGCGACAGAAGAAGCUACCCAAGCGAUGAGUACAAGACUCGCGUGGAUAGAAACCACGACAACUCGAUCUUCAUCGGCAACCUUCCGUUCAACUGCGAGUGGUACGAGAUCAAGGACCACUUCAAGGGCGUCGGAGAGAUUCUCCGUGCGGACGUGGUGAUGCGCGACGGGCGUGCGCGCGGUAUGGGGACCGUGGAGUUCGCGCUGAAAGAGGAUGUGGCGCGUGCGAUCGAGAAGUUCGACCACACUACGUUCUUGGGCCGCGAAAUCUUUGUCAGACAAGACCACCCGCCGCCAGAGAGCAAGCGCAGAGAGCCGUUCCAGCGCGCGGAGCGCGACAGGUACGAGCCCGAGGCUAGACGUGAGAGAGGCGACAGACCGCCACGUGAACACGCUACCGCGGGCUUUGAGGUGUUCAUCGGCAACUUGCCGUUCUCCACCACGUGGCAGACAUUGAAGGACUUGAUGCGUGAGGCGGGCAACGUGCUCCGCGCUGACGUCAAGCUGGACCACAACGGGCGCUCCCGUGGUUUCGGGACCGUGGUGUUUGAGACCGCGGAGGAGGCGCGCACCGCAAUUGACCGUUUCCAGGGCUUUGAGCUCGACGGCAGACGCGUGGAUGUGCGCGAAGGCCGCGCACGUAACGACGCACCUGCGCCUGCAGCCGCGCCGCGCGUCCGUGCGCCCGCGAACCGUAACUCCGAGCUCACGCACGGGGUUACCGGUGAUGGCCCUAAGUCCAACGUGAUCUUUGUCAAGAACUUGCCGUGGGCCACCAUCAAGGACGACUUGUUUGACUUGUUUGACACUGUCGGGCGUGUUUCCAGAGCGGACAUCCAGUACAACGACGUUGGAAAGCCGUCCGGCAACGCUGUGGUCGAGUUUGAGUUGGAAGAGAGUGCUGACGAGGCCGUUGCGAAGUUGCACAACUAUGAGUAUGGUGGCAGAAACCUCCAGAUUUCGUACGCCAUUCUUCCAGCCGCCCAGCCAGCCGAGCAGGAUUUGAUGCCACAGUAUGCUCAGGAAGUUCCUCAGGUUUCUUCGGUUGACCCCCAAUCUGAAGCUCAGUUCGAGGCUCCACCAGCUGCUUCAUUCGAGGCUCCACCAGCUGCCCCAGUCGAGGUUCCCGCCCCAGAAGUCGGGGACGAGGCCAUGGAAGAGGCGCUUUAAAAUGUUUUUACAAUUGACGUGUGUUGACACUAGGCCAAAAUGUAGUGAGAUGGACUUGUUCAGAUAAGAGACUGUGUAUACGCAGUAUAGGAGAUGGGGCCUUUGCGUGUGCAAGGUAUCCGGUAAAGGGUGUGGAUGGCCUAUUUAGUGCUUUCUAUUCAUGUUUAUUUGGAAGGGACUUUGCCCCAAUCAUCCGG